ACACCACGUCAAGCAACCAAAAGUGAUAAUGUCAGUGUCAGUAAGAACUCUCAUAAUAACAAAACAUCAGUCAUCACAUCAGCGCGUCGCAAUUUUUCCAAUUUCGGGUUUUCUCCGAACUUUUAUUCUGGACUUUUGUUUCUUCCUAAAAUUAGUGCUGGUCAUAUCAUCUUUCUUUCGCAGUGUCUCGUGAGCCCCACAGUCCCUUUCGAAUUAUGCUCGAAAGUGGCAAGGUCUCCUUCGUGGGAGCUUUUCUCCUGGUAGUGGUACUCCUGGACAAUGUUCUCAGUCUUCCGGUUGUAACGCAACCACCGAAAACCGAUAAGAAAGAUGAGGAGGUCAAGGACAGCAACGUGGAACAUAUUGAGAAUGUGAUAGAGUAUAAUAAGUAUUUGCAGGAAGUAGUCAAAGUUCUGGAAAGCGAUCCUGUAUUCAGAGAAAAACUAGACAAAGCACCAGAAAAUGAUAUCAGAUCUGGAAAAAUUGCAUUGGAAUUAGAAUAUGUGAAUCACAAUGUGCGUUCACAGUUAGAUGAGCUGAAGCGAAUCGAGCUUCAGCGUUUGCGUGAACUGGCCACUCGGCAAUUCGAACUUUCCAAUCACAUUGAUCGAGAUCACCUAAAAAUUGCUGAACAUCUGGACCACGAGAAUCAGCACACUUUUGAAAUCGAUGAUUUGAAAAAGUUAAUUUUGAAAACGUCCCAGGAUUUGUCCGAAAAUGAUCGCCGGCGGCGACAGGAAUUCAAAGAGUACGAACUUCAGAAGGAAUUUGAAAAACAGGAAAAGCUUCGCGAGUUGGAUGAAGAACAUCGAAAACAAUACGAAGAAGAUUUAAAGAAACAAAAGGAAACGCACGAGAAUCACGAAAAGAUCCAUCAUCCCGGAAACAAAGCUCAACUAGAAGAGGUUUGGGAGAAGCAAGAUCAUAUGGAUGGACAGGACUUCGAUCCAAAAACGUUCUUCAUGCUGCAUGACCUCGAUGGAAAUGGGUACUGGGAUGAAAACGAAGUGAAGGUACUGUUCAUCAAUGAGCUGAAUAAAAUGUACCAAGCGGGACAUCCUGAAGACGAUAUGAAAGAACGUGCCGAAGAAAUGGAACGAAUGCGCGAGCAUGUAUUUCAGGAAGCGGAUACAAACAAGGACGGACUAAUUAGCUACGAAGAAUUUAUCGAACAGACCAAACGAGAUGAGUUCCAGAAAGACCCAGAAUGGGACACAGUUGACCACCAGCCUCAGUUUACCCAUGAGGAAUACUUAGAAUAUGAACGGCGGAAUCAGGAGCAAAUUCAGCGAUUGAUUGCAGAGGGAAAGCUCCCACCGCAUCCCAACAUGCCACAGGGGUACUACCCCGGACCUAAUGCCGGACCUUAUCAAGUUCAUCCCAAUGCUAUUCCGCAAAAUCAACCUUACAAUCAACCACCGCAGCCAGGACAUCCCAACCAAAUACCGCAAUAUCAAGCCCACCCCCAACAAGGCUAUCCACAGCAGGUGAAUCUGCAUCCGAAUCAAGUCUAUCAACACCACCAAGAUCCAAACUAUCAACAGCAAACGGGACAACAAUCAAACGUGUAUCAACACCCUCCGCAGUAUCAGCAGCAACCACCCCAACCACAGUAUCAGCAGCAACCACCCCAACCACAAUACCAACAACCUCCCCCUCAACCUAAACAACAAUCAACUCAGAACGGUGCUGCUGUUCACCAAAAUCCUCAAGCUAACAAUCAACCGUCCGGAAAUCAGGCACAGCCAGUUGCCCAACAACAAAAUCAGCCACCUCCUCCUCCUGUUCAGCGACCACAACAACCGAUAACCAACAAUCAAGCACCUCCACCUCCUCCUCCUCAACAGCAACCACAGGCAGCUCAGCCAAAUGUGCCCAACAGCCAACUACCAGCUGGCCAAACGCAGCAACAAUCGGCUUCCGUGCAACCACAACAACAGCAGCAGAAACCCUAGGAGUUCGGACUUCGUGAUUACUUCUACUUGACUACUCAAAGAGAAAUCUCUGCUUUCCGAUAGUAUCUAACUAAAUUGUAUCUGAAGAUCUACAGAUUUUCAACUCUUUGAGAUAUCAAACUACAAUUAAAUUUGUGCAAUGCUUAUGAGCACAACACAGCCAAAUGUAGCUGGCAACUAUUCCAGGAUAAACGUUUUGUUGCAUUUUCAUACUUUUUGCCGACGAAUCAGUAAACGAAUAUUGACAAUGUGUAGUAAUUUGUAAGACUGUUUGGUACAUACCUAUCUGAUUAAAUCGUUCAAAAACUAUUGUAUUACUCUGCUAUUCGAGGAAUAAAUCUAUUUGAAUCUAA